CUCUUCACUCGUUAUUGCUUCAGUCGACUAUUUGACUGCCGUCGCAUCCUCCUCGCCGUCUUUUCUCUCCUCCUCCUCCAGUCUUCCUUGUUUUUGCCUGAUAUCCCGGUGGUUGUCUUUCUGGACACCACAGUCUACUAGCAAUGGCCUCGCAAAAGCCGCAGAUCAACGAGAUCAACGUGCCUCUCAUGAGCCUCUCCCUACUCGAAGACCUUCUUCAGCCACUCACCCACGACAUAUUCCUCACCGCCUUCACCCGCGAAAAGCGCAGCCGGCUGCCGUGCCCGUCCUGCGGCGCCAUCCACAACUCGCGUGCCUCACCUGCCGCGCAGUCCGCGCUCGGAAAGGGAAACUACGUCAACAAGCCCGGCUUGGACAUCUACGGCCAACCCAAGCAGCAGGCAUCUGACCCGAACUCCUACUACGAAUGCUCCAACUGUGCGAGGAAAAUCGCAGUCUCGAGAUACGCUGCUCACCUCGAGCGGUGCUUGAGCGGUCGCAGUACAAGGACCAGAAAUGCUGCGAAUAGUAACUCCGGAACCCAAAGUGUGGCGUCACCAAUGUCCAUGUCUCCUUCGUCACCCUACGUGACCGAAGACGAGCCCUCGACCCCGAAACCCGCUACCAAAAAGCGCAAGAUUGCAAACGCCAAGCACUCGCACGCAAAGUCAGGCAAGACCCUGCCGACCUCACACAUGUCCGACGGCGCGUACUCCGACUCGGGCUCGACGAUAACGGUAAACGGUCGGUUAGCACACAGAGACUCUAAGCGUAAGGGCGACAAGACGCUUCCCGGCAGAACCUCGCCUCAGAAGUCUCAGGUUUCCAAGUUCUUGGACAGAGCUGGUAGUCCGUUGACUUUAUACUCAUCCGACUCGUCUGAUACCGAGGUCAGGAAAUUCCCGCUGUCGACGAGCUCUCCCAAGGGAGUCAAAGUUGAGCAAAUCUCUGAUAGCGACUAAGCUCUCCCACUCUCUUCAGAGAGAAGAUGGUUGAGUUGCGACGUCUCUGGUGCAUUUUUUACAGGAGUUUUAUACCCGCCCCCCGGUUUUGUUAACGUUUAAAGGCCUCUGUUUGGUAAACUCUCGUGUCCGACAUGAAAUUAAAUAGCGAUACGAGGUUGUUUGAGAGGGGCCGAUGAUUGUCAGGUUUUUUUUGAGUUUGUCCGUUUGUAAGGCUACUUUAUGUCUCUGUAGAUAUCGCGUUAAGUUGCAUUCUGAACU